UCCAUUUUUACUUAAAAGAAUUUUUAUACCGAAGCUAACUUUUCAAACCAUGGCAAUUUCCAAGCUAUUCAAUGUUCAAACCAAGCUUAUCAGUAGCCCCACUUUUUACAAUGAUUUAGACAUGUUUAUUGAUUUAAAAUGGCUGAAGAUAGUGUAAUCCUUGAUUAUGAUGAUGAAGAAAAUGAACCAACUGUAGAUGCAGCAGGUGGUGAUGGUCCAGUCAAGAAAGAUGUUAAAGGAACUUACGUUUCAAUUCACAGCUCAGGAUUUAGGGAUUUUCUUUUGAAACCUGAAUUACUGAGAGCUAUUGUUGAUUGUGGAUUUGAGCAUCCUUCCGAAGUGCAGCAUGAGUGCAUACCACAGGCAAUCUUAUCUAUGGAUGUCUUGUGUCAGGCCAAAUCUGGCAUGGGUAAAACUGCUGUGUUUGUACUUGCAACACUGCAGCAGCUAGAGCCUGUCGAUGGACAGGUUUCAGUUUUAGUGCUGGCACACACAAGAGAGCUUGCUUUUCAGAUCAGUAAAGAAUAUGAGAGGUUCAGCAAGUACAACAAUAAUGUAAAGAUUGCAGUAUUCUUUGGUGGUAUGAAUAUUAAGAAAGAUGAAGAGGUUCUAAAAAAGAAUUGCCCUCACAUUGUAGUUGGAACACCUGGCCGUAUUCUUGCCUUGGCUCGGUCUAAAGUCUUGGCUCUAAAAAAUAUCAAGCACUUCAUUCUUGAUGAGUGUGACAAGAUGCUGGCAGAAAUUGAUAUGCGCAGAGAUGUUCAAGAAAUAUUCCGCAUGACACCCCAUGAGAAGCAAGUGAUGAUGUUCAGUGCCACAUUAAGCAAGGACAUCCGCCCAGUUUGCAAGAAGUUCAUGCAAGAUCCCAUGGAAGUAUAUGUUGAUGAUGACUCAAAGCUAACACUACAUGGUUUGCAACAACACUAUGCCAAGUUAAAAGACAAUGAGAAAAACAGAAAACUUUUUGAACUUCUUGAUGUGUUGGAGUUUAAUCAGGUCAUUAUUUUUGUCAAGAGCAUCCAACGCUGCAUGGCCUUAGCCCAACUUCUGCAAGAACAGAAUUUUCCAGCAAUAGCUAUCCAUCGAGCCAUGACACAGGAAGAAAGAUUGUCACGCUACCAAUCAUUUAAAGAUUUCCAGAAAAGGAUCUUAGUUGCAACUGAUUUGUUUGGAAGAGGCAUGGAUAUUGAAAGAGUCAACAUUGUUUUCAACUAUGAUAUGCCUGAAAACUCUGAUACUUAUCUUCACAGGGUAGCCAGGGCUGGUCGCUUUGGAACUAAGGGGCUUGCUAUUACAUUUGUUUCUGAUGAAAAUGAUGCUAAGAUAUUAAAUGAGGUACAAGAACGAUUUGAGGUCAACAUCACAGAGCUGCCAGAUGAAAUUGACAUUUCCUCAUACAUUGAAGGUCGUUAAUGAAGAGGAUGCUGAUGGGAUCAAUUCUGGGUCAUUUGUUUUAAUAUUUUAAUGUAAAUAAACUAUUUUAAUCAUGA